AUGAACACGCUGGAGUAUAUGGAGGUCACCGUGCCCAAUUAUUCCUACGUCUUCAAUUUCGAGGAAACCUUCCGUCACUUAGACACAAAGAUAUGGAUGACAAAUAACUGGACGAAUGGUUUCUAUUACUGUGGCAUUUACAUGAUUUUAAUAUUUGGCGGACAGCAUUACAUGUCGACCAGGCCAAAGUACGAGCUAAGAGGCAUGCUUUCACUUUGGAACACGCUGCUUGCAACAUUCUCCAUUAUUGGAUUUACUAGAACAGCGCCAGAAUUGAUCCAUGUACUCAAGAAUUAUGGGUUUUACCAUAGUGUUUGUAUACCUAGCUUCAUCGAGCAAGACUGCGUGUCAGGCUUCUGGACAUGGAUGUUCGUGCUAUCGAAGCUUCCCGAGCUGGGCGACACGAUCUUCAUCGUGCUGCGGAAGCAGCCCCUGAUCUUCCUGCAUUGGUACCAUCACAUAACAGUGCUUCUGUACUCCUGGUUCUCGUACAAGGAGUACACAGCGUCGGCCAGGUGGUUCGUCGUGAUGAACUACUUCGUCCACUCCAUAAUGUACUCUUACUACGCGCUGAAAGCGAUGCGCUAUAGACCGCCUAAGGGGAUCGCGAUGGUGAUUACCACGCUGCAGCUAGCACAAAUGAUAAUCGGCUGCGUGAUCAAUAUUACGGCUCACCAGUACCUGCAAAGUGGGCAGAUCAAGUGCGGCAUCACCCCCGUCAACAUCCAGUUCAGCCUGGCAAUGUACUUCAGCUAUUUCGUGCUAUUCGCUAAAUUCUUCCACAAAGCCUACCUAGGCGGCGACGCUCGCGGAGCCAAAACGGCGAAGAAAGACUACGUCAACGGAUCCGUGGAAUACGAGAAGCUCAAGGCUAAUUAAGCACCGACCUCCCCCUCCCCCCGACGAAAACCCAUGUACACACUCCUACGCAGACAGCGACAUAGCGACACACGAAGAGGACAGUAAACCACGGGACGCCACAGUAAAAACAAAUUUUUCGAAACAUUUUCUAGAGACGCUUUUCUGAAGAGAUUUCGCGAAAACACUUUCUGAGAAUGUUGUUUUUUUUGUUUUUUGUUUUUUAUAAAAAAGACGUAUUUUGAGAAUGCUUUUCAAAAAACGCUCCUCGAGAAUGUUUUAUUCUUUGUUCUCCCAUUUUUCUGUUCGAGAGAAAAGCCUCUCUCUGUCUCUCUCUGUUGAACACGAAAAAGAAAAUAGUAGCGUGUGGGCAGAGGGGAAAAACGGGGAGGAGACGAUGAUGCGUUACUUGAUGAAUAUAGCACACUGAAUUUUAUGAUAAUGUUAAAUGUUGCACACUGAAUUUAGUAAUGAAUUUAAUGAUGGUAGCGUGUGUUGAAAACACGUUAUCGAGCCAGUAACGAGCUUCUUAGAGGCACUCCUUGGGUUGGGUGGGAGAAGAGAAGAGGAAACUAUAUUUACGUUUUAGAAACAAUACGUCUAGCCCGUCGAUUUUUCGCGGGUGUAAUUUAUUUUACAACUGAGCUCGUGUCUGUUGAUUGUGAAAACGGUUCGUUCUUUUUUUUUUGUGUUUGUUUUUUGGUAGAACGAGGACAGGGAGGAAGUAUCAGAUUUAAAUAAUAAUUGUAACGACAUUAGCGUGAUUAGAGAGCGACGCCAUUGUUUCACGUUGAGCCAUUCAACAGCAGAAUGUAUUUUCUACUAAAUUCGCGGAUAUGCUUGACAGCGAUUGUCGAGCAUAAGCAGAAUAAUAGAAUUAAACAGUUUAGCGCGACGAGGAACGGGACAAGUGUUCUUUCAAUUGCUUAAUUCGUGGCUAUUUUAAAAUUUGUACUAGAAGUAUUUUGUAAACGAUUUAACGAAAUGAGAAAAAAUAAGCCUCGUUCUAGCCGAUUUGAGGGAGAAGGAAAAGGAAACAUAAGUCCACCGAAAAUUCAUUAGGUCUACCUCCGAAACGAGCUAAGAAAUAUUCUUCGUAGAAAAUAGUAAAGACGAGAUGGUAGAGGUCGAAGAAUAAAAUUAUAAUCCUGAA